AUGUCGACGAUUCUACCCAAGGGGAUUGUGGUCAACUCCCCGCAGGGUGAAGACUCCAUAGAGAGAAUCGGUGCAAAACCCUUAGAUCUGGCUGAGAUCGCCGGGUAUUGGAAAGUUUAUACCACCACGAAGCGUAGGCUCCUCGAUCCCACGGCGGAGCGCCUGGAGAAUUACUGGUGGCGCAUAUGGGGCAGUCGAAAACGUGAAUUGGAAGCCGCAACGGUGGCGCGGCUCUUUCGCUAUAUCUCCCAUGGCCCAACUUUUGUACCCCUCCGAGGACCUGCAAAUCGUGAUGAAGGAACUCCGCCUUUGGAAAACCAGGCCCGAUAUGCGCCGGCAGCCUCCAGUGCAACGACUCUUCAUCAUCCGACCCGGAAUCGACAAAGCACAGUUACCUCGUCCGCUACUUCUAGGGCCCCUACGGCCAUGCCACAUCCGAUUCUUAAAAAGACCAGGGGCCCUUCUACGACGGGGCCACGUCCGACGGCCCGGUUUGUCUCUCCCCAUGACUCCGAAGAGGAGCGCGAUUCAAGCUCAUCCGCUGGCUCUAAUUCACAUGUUGUCGUACAACCUCCUUCGCCCGACGGCGAUAAUGUAAAGUUGGACGGGAAGCUGCCUGCCUCCGGAAGGAAAAAGCCUGGUUUUGUUGCCUCGACAGCCGGGAAGAAGAAACGACCCGUUAUCUCCCGCCGCCAGAGUUCACAGACCUCCCAAUCAUCUACAGACAGAUCAUCUACAGGCAAAUCACCUACAGGCAAAUCACCAACAGACAACAGAACUGCUGACUCCAUAGGAUCAACGCAGGCAUCGCUGCAAAGGACACAGCCUGAGACGUCUGAACAGGAGCAGGGUCGCCCCAAAAAGACCACUCAGUCGAAGUUCCAAGAAGAACUCUCUCCCCCGCACCGCUCAUCGGAAACAACACCAGCGUCCAAGGACCAGGGUCCGUCAAAUGGCAUCCAUUCGAAGAAUUAUAUGUCACCAGACUCGAGUGGACGGGAGAGUCAAAUGAUCAAGCCGGAGCAGGCUGAGCUUGAUGCGGUAGAGCAAGGCCAUUCUCACCAUCCUCGUCCUACAAUGACUGGAAAAGGAUCCAAUGAGCAUACUGGAUCCGAGGUGGAACAACGUGGUUUGCACCGCGAGCCCCUCGAACAUGCCCAACCGCAUGUGCCUAUCGAGAAGUCUCCGAGGCAAGAGGCAUCCCCGUCAUUGGAGAACGACCAAGGCCAUACUCACCAUAAAACACCCAAACCACGUUCUAGCGGAAGUAACGAGACCAUGGACGCCCCUCGUCCGUUCAAAAGUGCUGCCAGUUUGGCACCUACGCUUACUGCGGCCACGGCGCAUAUUGCCCUGGGCGAUCCUAUAGGCAACGGAUCUAGACACUCUCCAACGCCCCCAUCGCCCAAGGCUGAGACAAGCAAAAGCAAAGAUCAGAAUCAGCGGCGGCAAGCCGACAUGUUUGCGAAACGACCCGUGCAGCCAAUAGCAGACGCGGUAGUUCCAGCACCUGCGGGCCCAUUGAGCAAAAGCAAGAGCCAGCUCACUUUAUUACUGGAAAAGGACCGGGCAAGGUCUGGUAACCAUGUGUCGUCGAGCAGCAAACGAUAA